GGCUUCGCAGGCCUACCACCAAUUUAUGGCGCAGCAUUCCGCGUUUGGCGGCAAUAAAGUUGUACUAGCCAGCACGUCGACCUCUACUGGUGCCACUGCGCAGGCAGGGCAGAUGAAUCAGGAGAACAAUAAUUCUGGUAGUGGCCGCUGCAACCGAGACGAGGGAUCUGAUUGUCAAGACGACUACAGCGCGGCGGCCUUGAUCUCUCGAAGCUCUAGUGCCGUGCUAGACCAGCACCAGCCGGUGCAGGCAACAUCUGUUGGUAACAAUACGCAAAGUCCGCAGCUAUUAAACAAGUCUGUCAGCCCACUGCAGGGCUGUCCCGACGGCGCAGCUACUAACUCUGGUGUGACCAGCAGUACCAAUGCCAUCGGGACUGGGCUGCUGAUGCAGGGUGGAAAUACUGAUUCGGCCAAUGCAACUACGAGUGCGGCUACUAGUGAAGGUACCAGCAACACCAUGCCGGUUCAUGGCGGAGCGCCGCAGCUGUUUUUCCCCCCUGCUACUACUACUUCUUCGGCGCAGCAAGGAAACAACCAUUCGCACCAUCAAAUGCACGGUGCUGGGGGUAGUAGCGAUCCGAACUUGUUGUACAACUGCAAUAGCUAUCAAAUGUAAAAAUGUCUGGGUCUGGAAGAAUGCGCGAUUUGUCAUGCAGCUUUUCCAUGACCCAUGAAGCCUGGAAUGCAGGACCUAGCAUGACAGACUCUGUGCAAUCUCUCUCAUGCCUAUCCUGCAUGAGAAACUCCCUCCCGACUUGGUCAAAACUGGACGACUUUUGGUAAUCAUGCAACACAGAUUUUUGCAUGCUUCAGAUUUAGCAUGACAAGUUCCAUUCUUCCAGACCCAGACAUUUUUACAUUUGAUAAUAGCUUCGAAGAGUUCUACGCGGCUUAUUUCAACAACCAGCUAAACAAUGUCGCUCCUGGUGCUAGCACUGCUGCUGGUCCAGCCGAGAUGUCGUCUGCGUCAGGAGUUGUUGGCACUACACAAACACACCAAGCGGUCUUCGUCAAUCCCACAAGCACUGGGCAUCACCAAACAAUGGCCCCUACAUCGGCCGGGACAAUGUAUCAUUCCGCGACCGGUCAGCAACUAUUCGUUCCCGCGACUGCGACGCCGCAAAAUGGAAUGAACCAGAUUGGUGUUGGUCUUGGUGGAGCGUCGUCCUGGACUGGGGCUUUGCCCCCGGGGUUUUUUCAGCAGAUGCAAAACGUGCAGCAGCAAAGCGGUGCUGCAACUGGUGCGACUCCGCAGGCCUCUAUGCAGGCCGCGCAGAUGCAGCAGUACAUGCUGCAAAUGUACCUGAUGCAGUAUUUACAACAGGCGCAGGGUCUGCAGCAGGAGGCUACUUCUUCGCAGCACCACGGCACCACUAUGGCCGCCGCCGCUGCCCACCAACAGCAUAACCAAACUCAUGCAGGAGUUGUUGGGGCUCCUGGUGCAGCAACCACCGGAGUGGCAGCGGUUGUGCACCAACAUCCGGGAGCUGCACCAGCAGGAUUUCAACAACAUCAUCCAGCUACUGCCGCAGCAGCUGCUACAACUACUCCCGGUAUGAUUUCUACCAUGGUACAACAGCCGUCGACAAUCGUCACCAACCCAG